AUUACGUUAAGCAUUGUCAUGAAUAAACGGACGCGAGUGUCAAUCAUUUUGGGAUAUGUGCUUUGUUUUAAUGCUAUAAUAAUAGUAAUUGAGAUAAUGACAAUACCUUCGACAGCGUCAAAACCAUUCCCGUUUUCUUAUGACAACCGUUCAGACAACAAAACAGGGGAUGGUCUACCACGAAUAUUAUGUUGGAUAAUGACAAGCCCAGGAGACUUAAUGAGGCGAACAAGACACGUCCAGAACACUUGGGCAAGACACUGUGAUAUAGACCUGUAUAUGAGCUCAAAGGAGAACAAAUCAUUCCCAACAAUUGGACUUAAUGUUACAGAGGGAAGGAGUCACAUUUCAAUGAAGGCUAAAGCAAGUUGGACAUAUAUAUAUCAUAAUUACAUAAACAAAGCUGAUUAUUUUGUCAAAGUCGACCCAGACAGUUUCCUUAUUGUGGAAAAUCUAAAGAUGUAUUUGUCUAGAUACAACCCGGAUGAACCUAGUUUUUAUGGCCACGUGCUCAAUCUUAGGGGAAACCCCUUUAUGAAAUACAUGUCUGGGGGUUCAGGGCUAAUACUCAGUCGGGAGUCUGUGAGACGAUUGGUGACUAUAGGUUUCAAGAAUUUUACAAAAUGUAUGCCAGAUGGAGAAGGAGAAGACUGGAAGACAGCACAUUGUCUGCGCAUCGCAGGGUGUAUUCCAGUGACCAGCUUAGAUGAGAAAGGGAGGGAGAGAUUCCUUGCUUAUCAUCCCAAAAGAUAUCUCUUCGGAAACUUCCCAAGAACUUACCUCAAGGCUGAUGAUAAUAAAGCAGAAAUAAAGGGGAUGGACUGUUGUAGUGAAUAUCCAGUGGCUUACCAUUACGUCUCUCCUGAAGACAUGUACUUGUUUUACUACUUCAUAUACCAAGUGAAGCUCCAUCGGAAUAUGGCGAGGACGGAUGCUGGACCAGUGAAGGACUAUCUUCUGGGAGAAAUAGACCAUCCAUCGUGGCAUAAAAGACACAGUGAUACGUAAUAUAGAACACUGGUGUGCCAAGGGGGAGGGCGUGGGGGCCGACCGCCCCCCUUUUUUCCCCAGAUUUUUUUAGAUUUGAAACUGAGCCUUGAAUUGAAAGCUCGAGAGCUAAUUAAAGUCGAUGUGUAAUGAUGACAGAAAUGAUACUAUGUCAGCAUAUUGUCUACAUCAAGCAUAGAAGAUCUCAUUUCUCAUAUUAUAUAUAUAUUUUUUUUUAUCAAAAUCAAAGUAACAUUUUUACAGGUUGUAGUGGCUAUGACCCCAAGAGGGAGUAUUAGG